CCCGGCGGCGACCCUCGCAGGAUGUCGAUGUCUCGCGUGGCGCGCCCUUCGGGAGGUGCCGAAGUGUCUCAUCCGUGCUGCCUCGUACACGCGCGCCACGAUUGAUCGCGCUCCAUCCCUGAGAGCUCGAUUUUUUCGAAAACCUUCUCUCUUCCUCCCCUCCUUUCCUUACAUAUACAUUCUUUUUCUCCCGCUCGAUUCGUUCAACAAGUCUCGCAACCCCUUCUUUCCCGGAUUUCCUUAAAAAAAAAAAAAGGGAAAAAAAUCGGAAGAGCAAUCGAGAAAAGUUGAAACGCGCAUUUUUUUUUUUCUCGGAUCUCUUCCGGAGAUGAAAAAAAAAAAAAAUAUGUAAGAAAUUGGCGCGACUCGUCGUACGCACUCGGAGCAACGAGGGUACGCGUGUGCGUGAAAGAACGCGGUGGUGCGUGUGUUUACAACCUGUGGGUGGCGGUAGCGGCAGCGUUAUAUAGAGGCACCGAUUACGGGAUAUGGAUUCACAGUGGACCCGGGUGGAGGCGGAAGGCGGCAGAUGACGGGUCCGCGGCCGAGCCCGGCGAGAGGAGGCGCCGAAUGAAAGUGAAAACGGGGGACACUACACUACUACGGGGUGCGUACUACGAUGUGAGAGGGAGGAUGCGUCGCCCUCGGGAGAACGGCCAAGGGUGCGGGAAGACGAACGCCGGAAGGCGGCGACGAAUGCCUUGAAAAGCUCACCCCGACCGAUUCUUUCAGACUGCAACCCACCCUCUUUAGAAUUCCCCGUCCGUGGAGGAGCGACGAGGGGUUCGUCGAAGACAAAGACGAGGGAGCGAGAGAAGAGAGCGAAAGAAACGAGGAGACUCCCUGACUCUCCGAGAAGGAGGUGCGGUUGAGCCAGGGUGGUGAAAAAGCGAGAGGAAGAUAAGGAGAUAAGGAAGAUGGGCGAGAGCUCGCCGGAUCUCAGCCUCCGGCUACGCCAGGGCAGCUCCGAUUCCAGAGACUCCUUCUAUAUGGACUUCGCUCAGGGAAUCGAUUCGGAUAUCGAGGAAGUGACGCGACCAGGCGACAAUAAUUCCGAUCCCAUGCUGGAAAAUCACCUGGAGGAAAACGGGAACGAACUGCCACCGAUUGAGGACAUCACAACGAUCCCGGAAGAGGCUUCCGAAGAGUUAAGAGAGGAAGAAGAGGCGGCUGCGUUGGAGGCUGCGCUUCGAACGCCAGACGGCGGCACGAUUAGCACGGAAAUCAGGAAACCGUCGGCUGCGACGCUUACGCAGGAUUGGCCAGGAUUGCCGAUCGCGCUACCAUCACCAGCCUCGCCAUCCGCGGUAAUCGUCUCGCCGGAAACGCUGUCUAGACACAGCAGCAGCUCACCUUCUCGCGUUCACCGACCACCCCAGUUCGCGUUGGCCCUGCCAUGUUCCUCGCAACCGAUUCCGGCGGUCUGCUACCCGGCGCCGACCUUCCUCGAGGUCACCGACGAGCGGAAGUGGAAGAACCUUGGAUGCGACGCCCUGGCAACCACUUUGAGCGCGUUGUACGGGAAACUUCUGGUUGUGAUGGGGAUCGCCUUUCCCAUGGCGGAAGUAAUAUCCACGUACAUACCGCCGUCGUUCUAUGAGGCUUUCUACCUCUACCUUUAUUUCGGCAGCAUGAUUUUCCUGGUCUACAUGUACGCUAUGUUGUUCAGAGAUGGCAAGUCAAAACCGAAGAAGCAGAAGGACAUAUCGGACCUGGACUCGUCGAGAUCGUCGAGCGGCGCCGGCGGCGACAGCGACACGCCCGAAACAGGAUGUCCGCACGUGUAUACGGGACGUCCGGUCCAGCAUUACGGCAGCUUCUAUCUGCGAAUGGGCGCCGUCGCGUUUGGCAUCGGCUCGAUGAUCUAUUCCGGUCUGGAGUUCGGCCAAUACUUCGAGCUGGAGCAGAACACCAAGUGUCACAACAUCAUGCUGGCUCUCACGCCGGCCACGAGGAUGGCCUUCAUCUUCAUUCAAAUGUACUUCAUAUUCCUAAACAAUGAGCAAAUGAAGGUUUAUCGCCAUCGCGUCGUAGCUCGUUUCGGACUAAUGCAUAUGAUUGGCACAAAUCUGUCAGUCUGGCUGAACGUUCUCAUACAGGAAACGAAACACGAGAUCCUCACUUUCUACAAUCCGGAGAACAACUCUCUCAGAAUCUCUCAUAGACUAGGCUCCAAGGGUGGAUUUCACCCUUUCGGCGGACACAUUCAUUCCCAUCACGGGGAACACGUGCGGCUCCCGCGCGGUCUCAAAGGACCCCAUCACUUGUACGAAUGCAGAAGAACGAAUAUAAUGGGAUCGUUGGUGCAAGACGCCAGCCCCUUCCUUUUCCCGUGUACGAUAGAAUAUAGCUUGAUUUGCGCAGCCAUUUUAUACGUUAUGUGGAAAAACAUAUCGAAAAUCGGAUUCACGCAGCCCACAACACCGCCUGGUUCGCGUCAUCACGCACACGCCUACAGGAAAUCGCCUCAUCAUUACAGCGUGGACUGCGCCCGCGCGCACAAGGGCCUGUUCGUGGGCAUUCUGAUUCUGGUGCUGACCAUAAUCUCCCUGAUCCUCUUCUUCGUCCUGAUUUCGCGGCCCGAGCUGGUCAGCCUCGCCGUGACCGAGGUGAACGUCUGCGAGCUGACGCUCUACGGGAUGUCCACCCUGGCGACGUUGAUCGGCAUGUUCCAGAUGCGGAAGCUGCGCUACGAUGGCGGAAGAAAUCUCGAGCUCGACAACAUCCUCCUGGUGGCCGCGCAGACCGGCAUGUUCAUCUACUCCACCUUCACCAUCAUCGGCGGUCACUUCACCCUGCAGAAACACACGGUCCUCGUCCUGGUCACCGCGCUGGCCAGCGUAGUCCAGACCACCUGUCAAACCAUCUUCAUCCUGGACGCGUCCAGACGCUCGGUGGCCACCGCCGAGCAGAUACGCCGAAAACCGGGCAGGGAGAUCGUGACGUUUCUGUUGGUGACGAAUCUGGCCAUGUGGGCAAUCAACACUCUGGAGAAGUCACGCGCGGAAUCGCAUCCCGUGCAGUUGCACUUCUACGGCCUGUGGGCGUGGACGAUCAUCACCCACGUCUCGAUGCCGCUGGCGAUCUUCUACAGAUUCCACAGCACCGUUUGUCUGUGCGAGGUGUGGAAGCGGGCCUACAAGGUCAAGCCGACCUACAUGUGACGCAAGAGGUCCCGCGAGAUCAUAUGGAAGACCGGAAGUGCGCCACAGCGGCCCAAGAGCCAGCAGUCGAGGCUUCACGUCAUCGCGGAGAACGAUCCGGCGUAUUUCAUAUGAUCGAGAGAAAUAUCGAAUCGCCACGAUCGUCGAAGAUGGCGCGAAAACCGUCUCGAGGAAAGAGAGUAUGUUAGGCGGCGUCACAAAGAGUAGUCAUCGUCGAAUUUUCGUUUCAAUGGACAGAACUUUUCUAGACAUUCCCAGAGCACGCGAUUCACGCGAUGAUACAUACACAAUUCAUAUUUUGCGCGAGACUUGUAUUCUCUCCAAGGGCUCUCCAGGGAAACAUUUUUGUAGAAAUAGAUUCGAAGAUUUCUAAUGACAUUUUGGAUAUAUAUACAUAUAAAAUGCGUAAAUAGAUUACUUCAAGAAAAAUGCAUUUCAGCGAAAAAAUAUUCAUAACGAGAAAAAACUGUCAUGUAAACACAGUAAACAGUGUGUUACUUCGUCAUUUAUCGAAAGUCGAUGUCCCUAGUCUAGCGUUGUACAAAUAUAUUUCGUCAAUAUAUAAAUAUCGACGAAGGACUAUAAAAUUGA